AUGAACAACUUGUUUUCCAGAAAGUAGUGAAAAAUCUCAACUUCCACCAUAUGAUGAAAAAGAAAAUUAUAAAGGAUCUUCCUGGAUGCAAAGUGAACUCUACUAAAAUGCAAGAGAAAGAGCUACUGAUUUUUUCCUUUUAGUCUUCUGAAAUCUGAACAUUGCUAUAAAGGGGAGACCAGACCCCUGAACCUCACCGACCAGAGAUGGACACAAGACAGGACUUGCAUUUUUAAAACUCUUUUGCGCCCAGCAAGGCACAGAAUAAAAGAAGUGGAUACCAGCUUGGACAUGGUUACAGUACCUCGAAAUAGCAGAUGACCAGUUCACUAUACUGACCAUGCUGGCCUAUCUUCAGGACCAUCCUGGACCAGAGAGGAACAGAGAACUCUUACAUCGUACGCAACUCCUGCGCAAAAGACAGCCCCUGAAGACAUUCCUCUGCACACAAAAAUGUCCCAUCCUUUACACUCCUUGAACGGACCUGGAGCUGGCAAUGGAUCUCUGUCGCCUCUCUCAGUAACAGGAGCACCCAAGCAGGACUACCAAAGUGAGGAACAAGGAAACAAAGUGCACUGGGCAGCACUGCUGAUCCUCCUGCUGAUAAUCCCCACCAUCGGGGGGAACAUACUUGUCAUUCUGGCGGUGUCCCUGGAGAAGAAGUUGCAAUAUGCUACCAACUACUUUCUGACGUCCUUGGCGGUGGCAGAUUUGCUCGUGGGUCUGUUUGUGAUGCCAAUUGCCCUUCUCAUGAUAUUAUUUGACAAUACCUGGCCUUUACCAACUGCCUUGUGUCCUAUCUGGCUGUUCCUUGAUGUCCUCUUUUCCACAGCUUCCAUCAUGCACCUCUGUGCCAUCUCCCUGGACCGCUACAUUGCCAUAAAAAAGCCAAUCCAGGCCAGCCAGUACAAUUCAUGGGCUACAACAAUCAUCAAAAUCAUCGUGGUUUGGCUCAUUUCAAUAGGCAUUGCAAUUCCAGUCCCUAUCAGAGGCAUUGAGGAUGGAAAUGGCACCUCUACAAACAUCACGUGUUUCCUGACGCCUGAUCGUUUUCAUUACUUCAUUCUGUACGGAUCAGUGGCUUCCUUCUUCAUUCCCCUCGCUAUCAUGAUCGUCACUUAUUUACUGACAAUCCAAGUGCUGCGCAAAAAGGCCUAUUUGAUCAACAAGCCGCCUCAGCGCUUCACCUGGUCAACAGUGUCCACAGUUUUUCAGCGUGACACAACACCUGCCUCCUCACCAGAAAAGGUGGCCAUGCUAAAUGGCUCCAGAAAGGACCAGACUUUGUCCAGUGACAUGCCUAUCGGCAGGACAUCCACCAUUGGGAGGAAGUCCAUGCAAACGAUAACCAAUGAACAAAGGGCGUCAAAAGUUCUGGGGAUUGUGUUUUUUCUUUUCUUGCUGAUGUGGUGCCCAUUCUUCAUAACAAACAUCAGCUCAGUUCUGUGCAACUCCUGCAACAAGGAGGUUUUUCAAAAGCUUUUGGAGAUAUUUGUUUGGAUAGGGUAUGUAUCCUCAGGAGUGAACCCUCUUGUAUAUACACUCUUCAACAAAACAUUUAGGGAGGCUUUCAGCAGAUACAUCACUUGCAACUAUCGGACCACAAAGCCUAUCAAGGCCCUUCGGCAGCGCUCCAGCAGGAUCUCUUUCAGAAACUCUGUAGCAGAAAAUUCCAAGCUCUUUGUCAUGAAUGGGAUGAGAAAUGGGAUUAACCCCAUUAUGUACCAGAGCCCAAUGAGGCUGAGGAGCUCACCCAUCCAAGCAUCAUCGGCCAUUUCGCUGGAUACGUUGCUGCUCACCAAGAAUGAGGUUGAUAAAACAGAAGAACAAGUCAGCUAUGUAUAGUGGAAUGGCAGCCAUGCCCCUACAGCAUUACUGUAUGUAUUAUUCUAGAUAACUGCACUGUAAGAGGGUAUAAAUACUAUUGUUUUCUGUUAUUUAUGCAAGCAAUAUCUUACAAAUUUAUAUUAAUUCCUCUCCUUCAAAGUCUCCUCUACUUUAACCCCAACCCCAUGGUGGCAACCACAACUUCAUUCCAUGACAAAUGACUCAUGCAGAACUGUAGCCUAAGGAAGAGGGAAAUAAAU